AUGCCUUAUAUCACCGUCAAAGAUGGCACCGAAAUAUACUACAAAGAUUGGGGCAAUAAGUCAGGCCAGCCAGUCACUUUUAGUCACGGAUGGCCGCUGAGCUCCGACGACUGGGAGAACCAGAUGUUCUUCCUGGCCAAUAAAGGCUACCGAGUGAUUGCUCAUGAUCGUCGCGGGCAUGGACGCUCAUCACAGCCCUGGGAAGGCAAUGAUAUGGACACAUACACCGACGACCUCAAUGCACUAUUUGAGCAUCUCGACCUGAAGAAUGUCAUGAUGGUCGGUCACUCAACCGGCGGGGGCGAAGUUGCGAGGUUUAUAGGCAGACAUGGUACCAAGCGAGUGUCCAAGGCUGUACUCGUCUCAGCCACCGCUCCGGGCCUUCUGAAGAGCGACUCCAAUCCACACGGUGUGGGCAUGGAUGUGUUCGAGUCCUUUCGUGAUUCCAUGGUCAAAGACCGAGCACAGUUCUUCAUCGAUGUGCCCUCCGGACCGUUCUUUGGCUUCAAUCGUGAAGGCGCUGAAGUCAGCCAGGGUUUGAUCUGGAAUUGGUAUAAGCAGGGAAUGUCGUGCGGGUUCAAGGCGGCGUACGAUUGUGUCAAAGCCUUCUCCGAGACAGACACAACUGAAGCUAUCCAGAACGCCGAUGUCCCCAUAUUGGUGUUGCACGGAACUGACGAUCAGGUUGUCCCGAUUGACGCGACAGGAAGGCGCUCGGCUAAGCUGGCAAAGAAGGGCAAGAUUAAAGAGUUUGAGGGUGCCUCGCAUGCAUUGCCGACCACACGCAUAAAUGAGGUUAACCAGGCACUGCUAGAGUUUCUUCAAUCCUGA